AUGAGUAUAAUGUCAUCGGUUCUGGAGACGGCGAUGCUGCAAACCACCCGAAAGCGUUCGAACACAACUGGAAGUUAUCCGGGUAUCUUAGAUGAUUACGAGUUCAACAGCAAGAUAGCAAAUCAACAACAAGAACAGUCACAGAAUACUUUGAAACCUUUGUGUGAAACGUCACCAAAAUCAAUCAGUAUAAGAGAUUUACGAUGCGGUUCAAGUAAUUACAUGUUAUCCGAAAGUGUUGAAGAAGAAGUACCGCGAGUUCACUAUAUUCUC